GCAAAACGCCGUUUGGCAAUUCGGAGCUAGGCAAAACGCCGUUAGGCAAAUCGCCGUCAGGCAGAACUCCGUUAGGGAAAACGCCGUCAGGAAAAUCGCCUUUAGGCAAAUCGCCUUUAGGAUAAUCGCCUUUAGGCAAAUCGCCGUUAGGCAAUUCGACGUUAGGCAAAACGCCUUUAGGCGAAAUGACUCUAGGAAAAUUGCCGUAACGAAUUCAUGUUUAGGCAAACCGCCUUUAGGCAAAUCGCCUGUUACUCAUCUCGCCAGCUGCCCCUGACUGAUGGGCCUGUUAGUGGCGACACUGAAGCGCCAUCUGUGUCCGCGCAGAGAGCGCUGCGAGGUGGUCCGGUCGAUGACGCAGCAGAGGAACCUUGUGCUGUCCAAGGAAGCGCAGCUCGCGCAGAUGCAAGAGAAGAUGAUGAUCCAGCAGCGGCAGAAGCAGAUCGAGGACUUUUGCGACGAGGCGAGGAGGAGGGCGCUUCAGGCCAAGCUGGAGCGCGACGAGCAGGCAGCUCGCAGGCGCCUUCAGGAGCAGAGGGCGCUCACGGACUUCCUGAAGGAGCAGGUGAGGGCGAAGGAGGAAGCUGACAAGGAGAAGAUACUCAGGCAGAAGGAAGAGGAGCUGGCUGCGUUGAAGAUCAAGGAAGAGCUGAGACAAGAGGAAAUAGCCCGUAAGUUGCAUUGCCCUUUGUAUACGCUUAAGUUAACACAUUAAUCAUACAUUGGUAAAUAUAAAUAAGAUUAAGAUAAGUAUAGUUAGCUAUUUUUUUGUUUUAAAUCUACUGCGCUGAUAGUGUCCUUCUUCGGUUUCAUACUUCAAACCAUCCACCCAUGGACAUUUUUUUCUGGACAUUUAAUAAAAAUUACUUUCGGAAACAUUUGGCAGUAGUAUAUAAUAGGGCAUACUGGGUGCAGGGUUCAGGGUAUGGUGUUGUGUGUCCGGUCCGCCAUCUUGGAUUGUGAAGUCACGGCGGCCAUAUUGGAUGGUCGUGACCUUGACCUUGAAAUUUGACCAUAAAAAUUGACAAAAGUUGCCAAAAUUGGGCAAAAAUUGCCCAAAAUUCCUCAAAAUUCGCCAAAAUUUCCAUUUCUGUGGAAAAAAAUUCCGCAAAAAUCUCAAAAAUUUUGAUAAAUUAAAAAAUUCUCUUUUUGAGGGAGAAAUUCCCGUUUCAAGGGAAAAUUUCUCAUUUUUAGUCCAUAAAAAUACCAGAGGCUAGAAAUGUCCAUAUAUAGGCUUAAGCAACCAUGUCUACAGCCUCCGAUAAGCCUCUGACGUCAUCAUGUAUAAUGACGUCACCGUUGCAAAGUAUACAUAUAUGGGUAGUAUGAAUGCAGUAAUUUUUAAAAAUCACUUCCAAACUAAUAAAUAAAAUAUAGUAAUGGAAAAUCAUGUUCGAGUUUGUUAAUAGGCAAAAUACCACCGAAAGGGUAGAAAAAAAUAAGGUCUUUUAAAUAGAAGAUAAAUUCCAUCGCUCGCAUAAUAUGAAAAUAUCGCAUUAGUUUGAACGUAUUUUAAAUCGGAGAAGCAAUAUCAAAAACUUUUGUUUGAUUACAUAUUUUAAACGUCUAACUACAGCUGCAAAAGGAGUACAAACAGGGAUUAGAGAACAAAAAAUUAAUAAAUUUCAUAGUAGGGACACUGUCGAAUCUGUUAAAAUUGUUUGCAUAUGGUAUUUUUUUUAUUAAAAACGUUUUUUCUGAAACCAUUUUUAUAAGACGAACCCAUGCUGCAUUGGGUUAGAUAAAACCGGUGCAGAAUAAAAAUACAUCAUUUCCAUACCUUGUACACUAUUAAAUUCGUUAUAAUUAAUUGUAAAACCUUAAAAUAUUAACUACAACUUUCGUCCAAAACAUUUUCUUAUAUAACUGACCAUUACCCAAAGGGUAAAAAAAUGGUAGAAUGACAAAAAAAAAAAAAAAAAAA